AUGUCAGCUGAAAUAAAUACACAAAAAGAUAAUACUACUAUUAUUAAGCUAAAACCUUCUAAUGAUGAUUCAAUUUGUAAUGUAAAUCAAAAAAAAGAAAAAAAUUCAUUUGAUGAAUGUAGAUUUAAAAGUAUCCAUCCAAUACGAAAGGCACCUGAAUAUUCUGUAAAAGAAUUAUGUCAAAUAAAUUCGUCACUUUUUGUUGCCCUAGGAUUCUUUCCCCCAUUUAUUGGUGCUUUUUCUUCAAUUUUAAUGGCAUUAGUUUUUCACUAUGAUCUCAUUAGUAAUUAUAAUUGGCAAUGUGGGAGAGCAAGAUUUCCUUCAAUAUCAAGAAUAAUCAAUUUACCUUUAGAACGUAUUCCAUGGCAAAUGUUUGUUUUGUUUCAUGUACCAUUUAGAGUGAUAGAAUUAUGUGUUGGAAAUGUUAGAUAUAAACGAUUAAUGUCAACACAUUGUACAUGGCCGAAAUUUUAUAAUUUUAGUAGAAUAUGUUAUACAACAUUUGGAUUUCUUGAGGUCAUUUUUUUAGUUUUUCUUAGUGUAAUUGGUGAAAGAGAAAAUAUUGGUGUUCAUGUAAUAUUCUUUUAUCUUAUGGGUUUUUGUGGGUUUGUAUUUUAUAUUGCAAAUAUAAUAUGUCAUUCACAAUCACUUUGGUAUUUAAAUCCAUAUGGUAGAAUAAGUUAUUAUAUUAAAAUAAUAACAACAUGUCUUUAUUUCAUAUCAAUGCCAAUUUUAUUUACAGCUUUUUAUCUUUAUUGGAAAAAAUGUAUAACAGUUAUGUAUGAUGUCUUUGCACUUACAGAAUAUACAGACUUUUUACUAAAUAUUAUAUAUCAUUGCUGUGCCUUUCUAGAUAUACGACAUAAAGUUAUAUUUAGCAUCCGAAAUGUCAAACCGGCUGAUAAACUUUUGUAA